GUGCUCUGAUACUCUUGUUCACAGUCAUAGACUGAAAAAAAUCUGCUAAUGCCAACGUAAAUGUUGCUGGAUGUACUUUAUUCACAACUGCAGCUGAGGACCCGGAACCAAAGAUGAACUGGGCAUCAUUUUAUGCUGUCAUCAGCGGCGUGAACAGACACUCCACCGGCAUUGGCCGCAUCUGGCUCUCUGUCCUGUUCAUUUUCCGCAUCCUGGUCCUGGUGGUUGCAGCCGAGAGCGUUUGGGGCGACGAGAAGUCCGGCUUCACCUGCAACACCCAGCAGCCGGGCUGCAACAGCGUCUGCUACGACCACUUCUUCCCCAUCUCCCACAUCCGCCUGUGGGCGCUGCAGCUCAUCCUGGUCUCCACUCCAGCCCUGCUGGUGGCCAUGCAUGUGGCCCACCGCCGCCACGUUGACAAGAGGCUCUACAAACUGUCGGGGCGGACCAAUCCCAAAGACCUGGAGCAGAUAAAGACCCAGAAGAUGAAAAUCACAGGAGCCCUGUGGUGGACGUACGUCAUCAGCCUGCUGUUCCGCAUCAUCUUCGAGGUCAUCUUCAUGUAUGUGUUUUAUAUGAUCUACCCCGGCUACAAGAUGAUCCGGCUGGUGAAGUGUGACUCGUACCCUUGUCCCAACACAGUGGACUGCUUUGUGUCGAGGCCCACAGAGAAGACUGUCUUCACCGUGUUCAUGCUGGCGGCAUCAGGGGUUUGUAUUCUGCUCAACAUCGCAGAGGUGGUCUUCCUGGUGGGGAAGGCCUGCAGUAAGCAUUUGCACAAUGCUGGAGACUCGACUAUGGGAGCUUGGAUCCAACAAAAGCUUUGCUCAUACUAACAAAACACACGUAUUUCAUACCACUCAAAGGGACAAAUAAGUGACCUGUCACUUUCAGGUAACAACUACUGAUUCAACUCGUGAGCAAGGUUCCUAAAAUAUACUGGACAUCCCAUCAUGACAUGGUAACGGUGUAUACAGUGGGUUAUAAUCUCAGCAUUUAGUUCCAGUGUGGAGAAAAAUUCAGACUAUUUUUGCACCAGCAGUUUAGGUUUCAGUAUCUAUUGAUAAGUUAAAACCUGUGCAAAGAUUUAAAUGAAAAAAAAACAACACUGUAUACAGCAGCACUUAGUACUUACUUAAUAUGAUAGCUUGAUGUUUGGCCAACUAAAGAUCAAUUUAGUAACAUUUUGUGAAGAAAUAUUCCGACUUACCACGUUCUUCUCUUAUCAUAGAUUUGUUUUGACUUUUGAACUUGAAAUGAGAACAUCAAAUUAUGAAAUGUGACCUCUGCCACAUGCAGACUGUCCCAGAAAAGUGUGCCGAUGUAGUGAAAUUAUGAGAAAUAUUAUUAAUUUUACUCUAUCAUAUAAGUCAACUAUAAUCACAGAUGUCAUGCUUUUGUUUAAGUCAGUAUGGAAUCUAAUGGACUGAAGGAUGUCUUGUUUCUUCAGCUGUUAUUGGUGAGUUAUUGCACUAAUACAUGGUAAACAUACUGCACUUCAUUCAUUCAUUCAUUCAUAGCUACACCUGCUUUAUCCUGUACAGGGUUGUUGCAUUCAUAAACCGUAUAUAAAAGAUGGACGUAGCCUCUGGGUUUCAGAAGGGAUGCAGUAGUGCUUUAAAAAGGCAGUUUUUCAAACAGCCAGCAGGGGGCGACUCCUCUGGUUGCAACAAGAAGUCUGAUUGUGUCGAAGAAUGAGAGAAACUGACCCAAUUUUCAACUUGAUUUGUUACCUCAGUAAAGAUUUGCUGAAUGGGUCGAUGGUUUCAACUGCUAGUUCCAAGACUUUUUGAAUAAAGAAUGGUGUCCAUUUUGUGAAUUAUUGUCCACUUUGGAGUUAAAUAGACGAACAAAACAUCCUGCAUAUGGUUUAGGGUGGAACUACCUUGUGAUUGUGAGGUCACUACUGUGCAGUAUAUGUGGGCGUGUCUUCUGUCAGAUUCACCCAUCACUCCUCACGUCAUGCUUUGAAAGAGCAACGAGGGAACGGGUGAGUAUCAAUCUCAGCAGUCCACAAAUCAGUCAGUGAUGUCAGCGUGGCUGCAUCCAUCUUUUACAUGCAGUCUAUGGUUGCACUUCAGAAAUGCUAAACAUAACAGUGUUUGUUCUCUACAGAUGAUUUACUUUGGUAUUUAAAUCCCUUUGGAUGAAAACAAAGCAACAACUCAAAACAGAAAAAAAAACUUGAAUUGCAAAUUUUUGUUUCUGAAGUUUACUACUGAUGCUAAACAUGUUAUUUAAAUGUAUUCAUUUUAAAGCUGGAUGUUUAUAUAUUGUCCAUACAGAACAGAAUAAAAUCCACCAGAGUUGA